CAACAACCCUUCUUUUUCUUGACCUUGCAUAUAACCGAUCCGAGAACAUGGCGGAUUUACCUCCUCCUGUGCAGGGUCCUACCGCAAAAGAAAAGAAGUACGACCGCCAGCUGCGCCUUUGGGGAGCUCAUGGCCAGAUCGCACUCGAGAACGCCCACAUUCUUCUCGUCAUUUCUGGUCCUGGCGUAGUCGGUGUCGAAACCCUCAAAAAUCUUGUUCUUCCCGGGAUUGGCAACUUCACUAUACAAGACUCAACUGUGGUAUCAGAAGCAGACUUGGGCGUCAACUUUUUCUUGGAAGAGGAACAUUUAGGAGGCUACCGCGCAGAGCAUACAUGCAACUUGCUCAAGGAACUGAACCCCGAUGUGAAUGGUAACUUCAUCACCGAGCCCAUCGAUACCUGGCUUUCCAAUCCCGAUGCGCUCGCACCCUACACAUUGAUCCUGGCAACAGCACCUAUCAAAUCCGAAUAUCUGAGUAAGCUCUCUGUCCAUGCCAACACCGCAUUGAUCCCUCUUUUCUACGUCCACUCCAUCGGCUUCUACUCGCACUUCUCAGUACAUCUACCUCCUGCGUUUCCCGUUGUCGAUAGUCAUCCUAGCCCAGAAUCCAUCACAGACCUCCGGCUACUAAAGCCGUGGCCGGAGCUGAUCGAAUAUGCCACACAAAAGACGAUGAACUUGGAGGGUAUGAGUGCCGACGACCAUGGACACGUUCCAUUCGUUGCCAUAUUACUAUACCACUUGGAACAGUGGAAGAAGGAACACAACGGCCAGGUGCCUCAAAAUUACAAAGACAAGACAGCGUUCAGGGAUAUUGUGUCCAAGGCUGCACGUGCGAACAAUCCGGAGGGUGGAGAAGAGAAUUUCGACGAGGCCGUGGCAGCAGUUCUCAAGUCGCUAAAUCCUCCCGAACCCAGUAGCACCGUCAAAGAUAUAUUCAAAGCCCCCGAAUCACUCCUGAUACGUCAAGACUCGCCUAGCUUUUGGGUGAUAGCUAAUGCGAUCGGACUGUUCUACACAAAAUACGGCGUUCUGCCUGUGCCUGGAUCGGUUCCGGAUAUGAAAGCUCGCUCUGCCGACUAUAUUGAGCUCCAAAAUGUGUACAAAUCGAAAGCAAGAAAGGAUCUUGCCGAGGUACUAGACAGCGUGCGUUUCCUGGAACGAAAUGCGAACAGAAGCACAACUAUCAAGGAGAAGGAUGUCGAGACUUUCUGCAAAAAUGCCGCACACAUCAAGCUAGUACGAGGUCGACCUUUCCCUGUAGUACCUACAGAAGGAGAAGUGAAGUGGGGGGACAGGGCUAAAGCCAUGGCGCAAAAAUUGACUUUCCCUGAUGAUCUUGUCCCGUUGUAUAUUGCUUUCCUUGCCUGGGACAAGUUCGUAGCAACGCACGAUCAAGACGCUCUGCUUGGUGCUCCCAAAGUACCCGGCGCAUCCGAAUCAGACAUUGAGUCAGAUACUGAAAAAGUCAAGGGAAUGGCUUUGCAUAUAGCAACCCAAUUGACCAAGGAAGCAAGUAUAUCACUUGACGAUGAGGAUUCCUCGGCCUUGGGUCAGCAGCUGGAAGAAUUCUCUGGGGAACUCGUCCGCGCGGGUGGUGCUGAGCUUCACAACAUUUCCGCUGUCACCGGAGGGACAGUUUCGCAAGAGAUCAUCAAAGUGAUUACUGAGCAAUAUGUUCCGGUAGACAAUACUUGCAUUUUCGACGGCGUCAAAAGUAAAAUGGCGGUCUUUAGAGUAUAG